AUGGAGCAGCGAAGAUCUGUAGAAUCAGAGACCACUACAAAUGAUGGUAGUGAAUCCGAGAUAAAAUCAUCAACAGAUGUUUUUCCAUCAGUAAUAGAAAGAUUAAUGGGAUGCAGUCUUAAGUAUAAAGUAAAUAUAGUAGAAUUUUUUAACAAAGUUUCCCUUUUCGUCCUUGCACUAUGGAUCCUAAAUUUCCUCAGCAAUCAAACUAAUUUUUCAGAAAGGUGGGAUAAUAACAGUAACGAUGGGAAAACAGGAAUUACGCCAAUUUUAGGGGCCAAAAUGAACAGAUCUUUAUCCCAAGUGGAUGUAAUAAGCAUGACAUCGCAUCUCCCUAAAUAUUGUAGACCAUGGGAUAAACCAUCUACUUACACGGACGUAUCACAAUUUCCAGUAAAGAUGCCAACACGCAGUAUGCCUCCAAAAGGACCCAAUAAGAUGCCCUCCUAUGGACCUCGUACCCGAGGUCCUCCCAAUGGACGUCCACCAUUUCCUCCAAAUGGUUAUCAUCAAGAUGGUACACUGAAAAGACCUCCUCCACAUGGUCCGCCCAAUGAAGGUCCACAACUUCCUCCUUAUAAUUGUCAUCAAAAUGAUCCAACCAAAGGACCUCCUCGGCAAGGACCCCCCAAUAAACAUCCACAACUUCCUCAAAAUGAUUAUCAUCAAAAUGAUCCAACGAAAGGACCUCCUCGGCAGGGACCUCCCAAUGAACAUCCAAAACUUCCUCAAAAUGAUUCUCAUCAAGAUGAUCCACUGAAAGGACCUCCUCCAUAUGGUCCUCCCAGUGGAAGCCUGCAGGAUCGAGCCGAGGUAUCUCCUCAUGAGGGUCCUCCCAGUGGAAGUCCGCAAAGUGCAGCCGAGGUAUCUGCUCCUCGAGGUCCUUCCGAUGAUAGUCCAAGUAGGUAUGCUAGUGAACGUUCAAAGAGUCCCGCCGGUGUAAAUGAAUCAGAAGUAUAUUUAAGGGAAAUCUUUCCACCAGUCCCUCCAAGGGGACAUGAUCCAAGUGUACCUGUAAUGUUUGAACAUCAUAAACAGUUUUUUCAACAGACGGAGGCUAAUGAAGAAUUAGAAUUUAUAGAUCCACGUUAUGAAAACCUUAAAUAUAUGAAAGAAGAUCGUGAUAAUAAAAUACUAGCAGGAAAUCCACCAAGUGAUAAAGGAGAAAAUGUUAACCCUGCUAAUAAUAUUGACAUUGUACGGCGUCCUGCCCCUCAGCAAAUUAGGGUUCAAAAAGUUCAGGAAGAAGAGAAAAAAGGGAUCUUGGGAGAAUUCGCAGACACAAUUAUGAGUAACAUUUAUGAAGUUGAAAUGGAGCGAAAUCCAGCAUUAGAAUUAAUAAAAGAGAACAUUAUAGAUAAUAUUAUUUCAGCAAAUAAAGGAGUAAAAAAAAAUAUUGACAUGAUAACAGAAAAUAUCGCAAAUGUCUUGAAAACAUCUGAAACCAGUGAUUGGAAACUUCACAUGGAUUUAAUUAAAGAAACAAUCGUAGAAAAAAUUGGAAGUCUAGAUCCAGAAGAUAUAAAAUCUAAAUGUGGAGAAAUAAAAGAAAAUAUUCUUGAAAAAAUAACAGAAAAUAUCGAAUCUGACGUAAAACCCAAAAUUAAUGAUAUAAAAGAUACCAUUAAUAGAAAUAUAGAAACCUUUGAACAUGAAGUGAUACCACAAAUUGGAAAAACUAUAAAAGACUGCGUUACAGAUACAAUAGGAGACAUUUCAACUGGUAUUGAAAAAACGUCAGAAACAAUAAAAGACGCAGUAGUGAGUAAUGUGAAAACAUUGUAUGAUAAUGUUCCUGAAGGUAUAAAAGACAUGGCGAAGAAAAUGACUCCAGAUCCAAACUUAACCAUGGAGGAAAACUUAAUAAAUGCAGUCACUAAAUCAAGAUAUGGAUUUAAAGUUUUCGGAUCUGUUACAAAUUAUUUUAAAAAUUUAGGAAGAAGAACUAAAGCAGUUGGAAGUGCUGUUAUAUCCUUUGCAUUCACAAUCGGAGCAAUCGGUACUCUGAUUGGAGGCGGCUCCCAAACCACUGCUGUUAUUGUUCUUUUGUUUAUCGCUCUGUUUUUUGCGUAUUAUGCUAUAGCAAAAUUAUUAAAAGUGUCAAUUUUAAAGAAGUUCAAGUCUUGGAAAAGAAAUUUUCUCAAAAAGAUGUCUAAGAAGAAUAAAAAAAAUGAGCUGCAGGAAGAUGUAGGAUAG